AUGGACGUGCCUGACGAGACUAUAGUAGGCGACCUGCAUGCGCAGAAGGAGACCUGGACAAUGGAGGUAAUGGGGAAGCCAGAAGUUGUGGAUACUUCUGAUUAUGAUGAGGCUGAGGCUCUUUAUGCCGCCUCUCCAGGAUAUUGGGCCGACUUCGUGGGUGUACCUGGUAGGACAGUGGAUCAGCAGCUGCUUCUUCCUUCCCCUGGACCAUCUCAAGCAUUAUCGACUAGUGAUACGGAAGGUCCACCUUUGAAGCGAAUUAAGCUCUCGCUUCCAGCAGAUGCAUCGAAUGUUGCACCAGUAUCUCCGGCACAUUCAGCAUUUUACUCAACUGUAGCCUUAUUUACUGGCGCAGAGACAGAUGAGGUUCCUUCCAGCACGUCAUCAGAAAUUCGGAAGCGCACUCACAGUUUCGCGUCGCUACUUACGUUGACGGCUCGCGUUCCUUCAAGCGACACUGAACACCAGCAAGCACGAAGCCCACCUCCUACACUGAUCACGCGUUCCUCAUCUCCGCGACUUCUGCUUCAUUCAUAUAUGCCAACCACGUCAGCUACUGUUGCACACUCACUGGUCGGGACGCCUUCACAUCCAGUGAUGCCCGACACGCCUGAAAAGCUACCCUUCUUUUCUUCUCCACGUUCUUCUCCGCAAGGUUCUCUUCCAGUACUAGCCAAUUAUCCCUCGCACAGUCAAUCCUCGCGGUUCACACCUGUCUCGCCUCCUCCUUCGCAUGCCUCGGCUCCCGCUUCGAUUCGGAGCCCAUCUCCUGAGUCCAGUGUGCUCCUACCCACACCAGAACCUCUGAAGCAAGAUGACGAGGAUCCACUGGUUGCAACUGGUUACCACGUCGAUUGCUGCCAAGACGUGAAGUGGUUUCAUGACGGUCCUUCGGGGAGUCUAGUCAAAGGCGAUUCUGGCUCAGUCAAUACAUUCACUCAAGUCGGCCUCCACAACUUCCAGACAUCCCCACACGCUUCGCAACCCUCCAUCUUUCGGUCACCCUCUGCGUCGUUAGACCCACUAUCUCUGUUCGUGCCGAUGAAGACGAAGCUUUCUCUGCCUAUAGGGACUCCUGCGCCCUCAACACCUCCCGCUCAGGAGCCAAUCUUUUUACCGUCAUCCCCCCUCACUCCACCAUCCUCUCUCGCGGAGCUCUCCGAGAGGCACACCCCACCACACACAUCACCUCAUCUCGUGUCCGCGCAUUCCUCGCCUGCCCUUCCGCCUCCUCAAGAGAGUAUUGUGGACAAGGAAGCGGAGCACUUGCAGGCCGAAGAAAACACUCGUGCGCACGGCAGGUACUCCCUUCGCACGCGCCAAGCGAAGCAGGUGAAACCGUACGCGUUCGACAACCUGCAGUACAAGCGCCAGAUGCGCGAAAUCCCUGAUGCAAUCGUGAAGAUCGUGAGCCCACCGAGGGAGCGUCGGUGGCGUGCCUCGCAUACGGGAUCAGGCGACAAGGACGGCGAUGGUGACGGCGAUGGUGAAGGAGAGAGUCAGUAUGUGUAUGAAGAGGGAGCCGAUGAAAUGGACAGGUCGUGGAGAGCGCGCAGGCGGAAGGAGAAGUCGCGAAGUUUGAGUGUCCAUGUCCAGAAGGAUGCUAGCGACGGGGGAUCGGACAUGGAGGAGCGGAGACGCAGAGGCUGGGGUUCUGAUCCUAGCACCCUCUCACGCCAUGCAAGUAGUCCGGAUGGGGCGCAGAAGCACAAUCAUUGGUACCCAGAGGCGUUCAAUGAGACGUUCAGCAGCAGCGAGGAUGACCAUGAUACGCACUCACAACAAUCAGUCCGUCGGAGGAGGAAAACAAAGACUGCAUCUAACAUUGUCGUUCGAACCCACAACCUGAAGCAAUCCCCUACGAAGAAGAAAGACUUCGAAGGAAGCUCUCCAGAACCACAGUAUUCUCCACACACGCCUUCAUCACCUGGUGUUAUUAAGCUAGAUUUGAAUGGAGAACUUGACCAGCCUAUCUCCUCAUUCCACAAGAGCAGCAAUUUCCCGUCCUUUCGCUCUCCACAGAAGUCAUCGUCCCCUGACCCCACCGCCUCACCCCUGCUUGAUGACCUUCCCUUUACUGAGUAUGAUGACUUUGACUAUGGGAGUCCUGCACCUCUUCCGCCAACCUCCACCGACAUGGACCCAUCGACGUCUCAGUCUGAACCUGAAAUACAGCCGGACCAUUCUCGUGCUCAUUCCACCCAUUCCGAUUGUGAUUCAGUGGAGAUCAUUUCUGUCGGACGCAAUAGGCUGCAUCGGAGGACUAACAAUCCGGAGAUAGAAAUAUCCGUGUCGAAAUCUGGUUCCUCAGCUGUAAAAAUGUCUUCGAAGUACCGCCGAGGUUUGAAAGUGCUGAAGAGAAUGAUGCCCAACGUCCUCAUCUCGCGUCUUGAAGAGGCCAAUUCGGGACGUCGGCGCAGCACUUCACAAGCAGCGCGCAGCGAUAACGAGGACAGUCACCCCCAAGAACCGCCGCUGCUGCCUGGGCAGUCGAGAGUGCACGUUGGCGGCAAGUAUAGGGAAGACAUGGAAAUCAGAGGGGACAGCGAGAGCUCUGACAUCGAGAUUCUUGAUGUGGAUGCGAGCGCGAGCGCCUCAUCGUCGGACACAUCGUCAGAGUCGGACAUGGACGUCGUCAGUUGCCCCAUGCACACGAGGAAGCACGUCUCUGACCCUUCCGGCAUUACCGUUUCCGAUGCGGAGUCUCAACACGAUGACGAUAGUGUCAAUGCAGAAGUUGGCGAAUGGCUGGCAGAAGGGCCUACUGCCGGCCGUUCUAUGUCUAGCAGGAGCGGCGAGGCUAAGGAGGGUGACCUGAUCGACAGGAUGUUGUCCCGCACAAGGGUCGACGGCGCUAAACCAAAGCGCAACCGCAAUAAACAUCGGCCCUCCGGAAACCACAGAUCGCACAAGUCGUCGUCUAAGAGUAAGGUGCAUGUGGUAACGGCUGGUGCAAGGAACAGUGGCUCGGGUCGGCAAACUUUUCUGCCGUUCACUCGAAAUAAUAGCGUCAACGAAACUGCUGACGAUAGCCGCCGAUCGAAAUCAAAUGAACACCAUGUUCAGACCGACGAAGCGUCCUAUCGAAUGAAUGGAAAACAUAGGAAGCGCCAAAAGCACAAGAAGGGCGACGGGCUGUUUGUCGUUACCUCCGGUGGUGAGCAUCUGGUUUCUGGGAGGCUGCACAAGCAGCCUACCACGAUCGACGAAGAGCAGGUCGCCGUUCACGAUUCAAGACUUACACUGUUGCAUGACCGCAGCAACGAAGAUCUCCCGCGUCCCGUACGUCCGCACAGACCCCGUCCGAAGUCCGCCAGACAGGUCGAAACAACGCUGGAACAUUAUUGGGACGAACGCCGUAAUUCAGUUGAUUCGACUUCCGAAAGCAUGCACAAGGCUGCUCAAGAUCAGGAUACUGCUUUGUACGGUGAAAUGACGGCUGACUGCAAAAUCUCCUUCCUACCAUCAGGACUCUCCAUGGGCGCCACCACUUACAUGGCUCGAGGAUGGCUGCAUGAACUGAUCUCACUUCUCUCGGCUACUGGAGAAAUUCCUUCUCCCAUUGCAUACUCCAUGUUCGACCUCCGCCUUCAGUCGCAGAUGUCUACCCAAGAUAUCUCCGUAUGCUUGGAGAGCACCUACGAAAUGCUUCACGAUCACGUCACCCAACGAAGAGGUGAUAGUUUAGACGAUUCCCAGCUCUGGCAGACAUUCCUGCACUCUCUCUGCGAACAUUUCUCCUGGCUACUUAGCAACGCUGGUGAAGAUGACACUGUCUCCUUGUAUGUCUCAGCCACUAAGCAACUACACCGAUUUGCCAUAUUCAUGGAGGAACCUACGGAAAUUUUACCAGACGAUGAAAAACCAAACUUACUUUCUAUGGAAAUUCGAUGGUUCAUGGUCGAACUCUCUUGCCGGGUUGAAUGUCAUCGCCUCCGCCAGCAUAAGCAAGCUGAGGACUCUAACAUAAUGACCCAUGUGAAGCAGCUUAUCCGUCUUCUGUGGCGCUAUGGCUUUGAGAAGAUGGGCUCAUUUUUAAACGAGGAUCCUCCUGGCAAGAUAGAACCUUCCAAGCCACAGCGAGCAGCCGAGCUUUGGAUCUCGCUCAUUCAUCUCCUCGACACCUGGCCUUCCUGCAUGUCCGGGGCCAACAUUCAAUCGGCGAACUCUUCCGCAUUUUGGACAAUGUACGCCCAGACCAUUGAAUCAUAUGGACUUUUACAGUCGUUUUCGUCGGACCUCCGGGCAAGUGAAACGAUGUGGAAGAGUAUCUUCAGCUUAUGCGCGCUAUCCCAAUUCUCUGUACACGGAUUGACGACAUCUUCACCUCGAUUGUCUGCCUCCUGGGCCAUUGUCCUUCUUCCCUUAGCGAAGAUCCCCCUGACUCCUCUGCCUACCGACGCAAAGCUCCCCACACGACUUCUGAAUAAACGUGAUGAGUGUAUCCGUCUUAAUGUCUCGAGAUGUCUUGUCUUGAGUCAUAAGUGGCGAUGGGACCUUGGCGAUGCUUUCCCUGUGUUCAAUUGCCUCCUCGAGAUCUUCAAGUCUCGCCGUUUUGCAAACCUUUCGUUUGAACCGUCCGAUUUUCCGAGCUGGCUUCGUCACGACAACCUGCAGUUACUUUCUGAGACCAAGCGCAGUGACACCGCAUUCACAUUGUUCUUGAAACUGCUAGUCCAGAGUGUAAAGGAUGCUCUAAAAGAUCACGACGGAAAUCGGAAGGUGAAGAAAUUGCUUGCUAUAUAUAUUCCGGUUGGUUCUGUACCUUUCACGAAGGCCAACCCGCCUACUGGACAGGAGCUGUCUAUGCUCUACAACAGGUUUAGUGCAGUCGCGGUUGCCAUCUUCCUGGAGCCUACCUCGGCCAAUGUCAAGUCUCGCUUGGCCCACGCGCGCAGAUACGUCGAUUUUAAGGAUACUGACCAUGAGACUCGUCGAGCUUGUAUCCGAGGGUUGAUGCAUCUGACCAUACUCCUGCGCCACCUCCAUCUAGCGCUGGACGACAUUCUCGAUUGGCUAAGCGAAAUAACAAAUGUUCUUGUUGACGAAUACUGUGAAGCGGAGGUUGCAGGUACUAAAACGUUCGGACGGGAUCCCCGUAAAUGGAUAGUGAUUUGUAUUCAAAUGCUUCUUGGUUGCGUCCGCCGGAUCAUUGAAACACCCCUCAUGGACCCUGACCAGACAUCAGCUCAAUAUCCUGAUCCAGCGUUAUUGCAAGGGCCAUGGAUCGCUAGAGUUUUCUCCAAUCAAACGAACCUGACCAGUGUCAUUACGACAGGUCUCGAGAUCCGCCGUCUGGUUCAAGCAUUCCUGGAUGCUAGAGCGCGUGUUAUUCCUAGACCACCUCGUCCACGACCGGUUUCAGCGGUUGCGGAAGAAACACAGGAGAGCCAGGAAGACUAUGGGAUGUUCGACUUGAACAUGGAUGAUCCGGAGCUGCUCGCUGCUCUAGGCGAAGUGGAGGAGUCCGCUCGGAUGCAAGAUCAGAAGGCAAAGGAGACAGUAGUGGCUGAAAUCAUCGAUAUGCAUAUCUCCCCCGCUAUCUACCGCCUCGUGUGCAAACAUUUUCAACAGGGUUCAACUGAAGGGUACUCUCUUCAGGAUACCGAUCGUUGGAUUGAUUGUUGGGUUGGCUGUGUUAGCGUAGUUGUACAAAACGGGAAGAGGGACUGGGAUAUGUAUCUACAAAUGGGCUCCCAGUCUUGGCAGCGCAUCAUCGAUUCGAUGUGGCGACGUCGGGUAGGUUUGCGUUUCAUGUUCAUGCUUCUGCAAUUAGACCCUUCAGCCUACCCUACCUACACUGAUCGCUUUAUCGACAUCUUUAUGGAGUCGAUAGUCACUGCCAGAGUGUCUUUCGAACACGAUUUUACCUCGCUCUUGUUUUCUAUCGAUGGACUACGAUACCCGCUCUUUCGUGAUCUUCCUUGUGAGCUCCCUGAGGAUUAUACAGAUUACAAACUAUCGAAAAAGGAUUUCCUGGACGGUCGGAUAGCCAUCGUGGAAAAAAUCUGCGCCAAUCUCGCGGACUGUUUACAAGAAGAACUGGCUGGCAAUUCGAAGCUCAUUGGACAAAACCAAACAAGUAUUGGGUCACUCAUGACGAUGUUGUCAACCAUGCAAGACAUCUAUAACCAAUUUGAGGCUGGAUCAGAGGAUCGAGUAAAAUACGAGUCAUUCUGUAAACAAGUCGCCGAUUGUCUCUCGCGGCAUGCCCUUCUCCGCACUAAUUCUCGUCUCGCCGCACUGUUCGAUUGGACAACUCAUCUGUCGUGA